AUGGAGCCGAUUCAUGGCUCCGACCUCGGGCUCCUGACUGGAAGCAAAGCCGUUCAGAGGAUCCUGUGCCCUAUGGCUGCCCAGCUCUGCCACCUCAUCCUGGCCCUGGAAGGGGAGCAUGGGAUCUGUCCCGAUAUAGGGCAGGAGGCAGAAGCGUUGGCUCAAGCCACAGAGGAACUCGCUGCUGCUGCAAUGAGGCUGGCUGAGGAUGCUGGAGAUGAGCUCCUGGAGGAGACACAUCCUGCGGCCGAGGCGCUGGUGCUGGCGGGCAGGAAGGUGGUGCUGGCAGCCGGCAGGGUCCGGGCACAGCCACACAGCCCUGGCCACAGGGAGGAGCUGACAGCGGCUGCACGGGGGGUACUGAUGGAGACAGCGAAGAUCCUGCGGUUGGGAGAUGCUGCUGGGACAAGGAGCAUCCUGCAGGCUGCCCACUGCCUUCUGGAGUGCCUGAACAUGCUGCAGGGCACAGGGGAUGCACCAGGAGCACCGGAUCCUUCCCAAGCCUUGUCCGAUGCUGUGCUGGUGCUGAGCAGCCUGACAGCACAGCGCAUAGAGGGAAUGGGUGAGUGUCCUCGACGGCAGAGCCUGGCCCGAGCCCUGCAGCUCCUGCAGCAGCAGCUCCCGAUGCUCCAUGCGGCCAUGGACAGGGAUAUCAGAUGCUCCCGGGAUCAGGAACUCGGAUGCUCCCAGGAUCAGGAACUCAGCCUCUCCAAGGAUAACACCUUCCGGAUGAUGGAGAACACCAUCACGGAGCUCACAUCCCUGCUCAUGGAUGGUACCCAUAGUGAGGAGCCUCAGGACACAAGCGGGACCUUCACCCAUCACAUACACAGGCUGCAGGCUCUGCUGUCUGCCCCGGACCCCCUGCUGCUGUCUGACAACACCCUCAGUGCUCACCUGGGAGCUGUUGUUCUCCAUUGCAUGCUCCUGGCAGAGGCAUCGAGGCCGGAGCAGAGGCUGGAGCUGGUCCAGCACUGCCAGGCUCUGCUGCGGCUCUGGAACAGCAUCUGCAGCCCAGGGGGGCACCAGGAGGGGCAGUGCCACAGCAUGAGGCAGGAGGUGCAGAGCCUGCAGCAGGCAGUGCUCACAGCCACACUGUGCCAGCUCCUGGAUGCCUGUGCCGAGGAUGAGGAUCCCCUCCGGGUGCUGGUUGAAGGUGCCCUCAGCCUCGCUGCCUCCGGUGCCUGCCCUGCAGGGCCAGGGGGGUUCCUACAGCAGCUGCACCCCCUCAUUGCUGCUGUCCUCAGGCAGGGCAUGGGGCUGCUCAGAGGGGCAGAGCUGCUCCUGGCGCUGUGCACUGAGCCCCACACUGCUGCUGAGGUCCUGGAGCUGCGGCAGCACAUGGGGACGCUCCUGGCGCGCAUCCCUGCCCUGCUCAUCACCAUGGGCACCAAUGGGGCUGGGGCAGGUGGUGCUGAGCAGCUGCAGUCCCUGCACCAGGCCUGGGCUGCAGCAGUGCAGAGCCUCCUGUGGUGCUGUGCGGACACCACCGGCACACGUCGGUUCCUCACGGUGGCCAUGCAGGAGAUGGGCAAGCACCAGGAAUGCUGCCAACGGGCCCUGGGGAGCCAGGACCCCGAGGGGUUCUCAUGGCACAUCACCCACCUCAGCCGCUGGGCACGGUGGGUGGUGGGAGCCAGCACCAGGUAUGUGGAUGGAGCCACCGAUCCCAUCUUCAGGAAUGGUUUGCUGGUCUGGAUCCAGCAGCUGUCGAGCUCUAUCCCGGAGCUGGAAGCGGCUGCAGUGCUCUGUGCACAGAGCAUCUCCUGCCUCCGGAGCAGGGAUGUGUUUUCCAAGGCACUGAGCUCCCUGAUGGAUGCUGCUCAGCGUGUGCAGGACGGGCUGGAUGGGUCCAACCACCCCGACCUCCUCAGCCCCCUGCGGGAACACGUGCGAGGAGUGGAUGUGACAGAGGGGGUUGAGCUCAGCCCAUCUCCUGCGGGGCUAAAACCCACUAUGGACUCAGCUGUGCUGCUGCAGGAACACUCCUUCCCUGCUCCAUCUUCACCUGCAGGGUGCUCCGCACCAAGGGAUGGAUCCUUACACCCGGUGAUCACAGCUCUGCUGGCAGCAGCAGCAGCCCAGGACACAGCCUCACUCCAUGCUGCAUGCUCAGCCUUGCUCCAGCUCACCCAUGGCUUUGUGUGUGCAGCAAAGGAAGCACUGCCCCUCUCCGAGCAUCCCCAUAGGGACAGCCUGGAGCAGGCUCCAGCUAUGGAGCUGCUGACCACACAUGUACUGAGCCUGGCCAGAGCUGCAGCCCCACAGCAGUGCCCCUGCCCCACUGACCUGCUCCAUGCAGCACGCAGGCUCUCAGACAGGCUCUGUGACACCAUGGAGGGCCUGGCAGCCGUGGCAGGGCCCUGGUAUGUGCUGUCCCAGCAGGUCCUUGCCUUCACCGUGGCCGCUGACCCCCUGAGGGGCAGGCAGGCUGUGGCUGACACCAUGGUGGGUAUAGCAGCAGCGGUCCGGUUCGUGGCACACACCAUGGGAAGCUCCAUUUGCCCCCAUGAGGGUUGGCAGAGCUUCCUGCAGGUGCAGAGCACGUUUGCCCGUGCUCAGGUGAGCACCAACGCGUUGCUGGAGGAGGCAGCAUCCUCAGAGGGCUCCGUGCUGGGCAGGGCCAGGCUGGAGCUGCUGUGUGUGCAAUGGGCUGUGAGCACACGUGUGCUGCUGGCGGCUCUGGACCAGUUCAUCGGCAGGGAUGUGCUGCUGGGGGAGCUGGGGAGCGCGGUGAGGAACCGGUUCUGUCCCCACAGCAUCCUGGCUGCUGUGUCUGAGCGCUCCCUAAGGCUGCAGGAGGCUGCCCGGCUCUCAUCCUGCCCUGGAUCCCAUGGGCACAGUGAGAUCCUGGUGCUCCGGGAGGAGAUCCGGGUGCUGAUGGAGGCGCUGCUGGAGGCCUCCAGCACCAUCCUGCUGUCCCCACUGCCUCACGCCAGCCUGUGCGCUCGCUGGGAGCUCCUGCAGAGGGACCUGGGCCUCAGGGUCAAGGUGCUGCUGAUCCACCUGGAGAAGGUCAAUGCUGAGCACUUGAGGGUGAUCAGAGACGUUGUUGGACCUGCAUUGAUGCCUCUGUCCCAGCAGGAGAGGGAAAGGAGCAAAGAGGCCUUUGAAGAGAAAGCAAACAGGCUAAUGGCAAAUGUACAGUGGGUCACAACCACCCUCCACCAUGUGCUGGAGGCCAACACUCAACCGGAGCUGCAGGCAAACCUGCUCUCCAUGGCAGAGCACCUCCUGCUGCUCACAUCCAAUGCCAUGGGCAGUGCCAGGCAGCUCCUUCAGAGCCCCAGGGAUGGAGAGCACCUCCACCUGGAGAGCAUCAUCUGGUGCUGGGCUGCAGGGGCACAGUACCUGCUCACACAGCUGCAGGCUGUGCAGGGCAUCGGUGGGGAUGUCCUGGAGCUCAUCAGGCAUCACCUGCAGGACACAGGGGACCGGAGCUUCCCAAGGCAACACAGCAGCACAGCCAGGCUCUUCCCAGCCCUGGAGCCUCAGAGCCACACCAGGGCAAUGGAGACCUGCCCAAGAACGAGUGGAGCUGCCACGGAGGCACCUGCAAUGCAGCCCAAGGGUCCUGCCAGCACCAGUGUGAAGCACGAGACAGAAAGCAGUGACAUGGGGCAGGGAGGCCCCAGCAGGAUGUCCCAGGUCACCAAGGACACAGCCACAAGGAUGCUCCACAUGACUCAGUUCCUCAGGAGGAAGGGCCCCAUCACAAGCAAGGACCAGCUGGUUGCCUGCGCGAGGCAGAUGGCUCUGCAUGGGCAGCAGUUUGUCACCUUUGGCCGUGCCCUGGCCAGGCUCUGCCUGGACACGAGGUGCUCCAUGGAGCUGCUGAGUGCCACCGAGCAGGCUCACACCAUCAGCAGCCAGCUCAGCAUCGUGGCCAGGGUAAAAGCAGUCACUGCAGAGAGCAAAUCCUCUUCUGAGCUGCUCGUGAGCAACACACAGAACCUGGUCCAGGCAGUUCUGCACAUCCUGAAGGCAGCUGAGGCAGCGUGUGUCAAAGGCCUGCGCCAGCCUCUGCCUGACACUGAGGAAGCAGCAGCAGCUGCUCUGUGCAUGCAGUGGAGAAGAAACCUGUUCCUGCACAGAGCCAAAGCAUCCUUCACCUCAGACAGGGAUGAACUGGGGCUGCGCAGGACUCGGACCACAGCUGAGCCCUCCCUGGUGGCAAUGGUGCAAGAACCACACACCAAGGACACCCCUGAGCACCCACGAGGUGUUAAAGGAGGUACAAUUAUGGGUGGCCACCUGUAG